UAAAAUAUUUUAUUAGAUUGCAGUUGCUUAGUUGCUCUUUCCUUGCUAUUAAAACAUUUUUAACAAUUGUUCUUUUAUUAUGUUUCGCUUGCAAAGUAAUUUUUUUAAAUUUAUAUUCGUUCCUAAUCAAUGUCUUGAAAAUGAAAUCAAAAAAACUUUAUUUCUACGACAGUUCAGCAGCAAAGACGAUUGCAAUGGAAAGCAUGUAAAGAAAUUGAGUCUGAAAAAUGUCGAUGUGGCAGGAAAAAAAGUAUUCAUGAGGGUGGAUUUUAACGUACCCAUAAAAGAUGGUAAAAUCACUAACAACCAACGUAUUGUUGCUGCCCUUCCAAGUAUUAAAUAUGCUCUGGAUAAAAAGUGCAAAUCUCUGGUCUUAGCCUCCCACUUGGGACGUCCUGAUGGCAAAAAGGAUAAGAAGUUUAGCCUGGAACCGGUGGCCAAGGAACUGGAGAAGGUGCUGGGCAAGCCGGUUUGCUUCCUGGACGACUGUGUGGGUGACCAGACCCUGGAAGCUCUGAAGGAUCCGCCCGAGGGCAGUGUCCUGCUGCUCGAGAAUCUACGCUUCUACGCCGAGGAGACGGGCAGCAGCAAGGACGAGAACAAGAAGAAGGUCAAGGCCGAUCCGGAGAAGGUCAAGGAGUUCCGGGCGAAGUUGGCGCAGCUGGGCGAGAUCUAUGUGAACGAUGCCUUCGGAACUGCCCAUCGUCCGCACAGUUCCAUGAUGGGCGAUGGCUUUAAGAUACGGGCAGCUGGUUUCCUUUUGGACAAGGAACUGGAGUACUUUGCCAAGGUUCUCCACAAUCCAGCAAAGCCCUUUUUGGCCAUUUUAGGUGGGGCCAAGAUCGCCGAUAAAAUUCCUCUGAUCACGAAUCUCCUGAACAACGUUUCCGUGAUGAUCAUAUCCGGUGGCAUGGCCUUUACCUUCCUCAAAGUCCUUAACAACAUGGAGAUUGGGAAAUCCCUAUUCGACGAGAAGGGAGCCAAGAUGAUAAACGAUAUUAUAUGCAAGGCAAAGGAGAAGAAUGUAAAUAUUCUAUUACCGGUGGAUUUUGUGGUGGCCAACAAGAUAGACAAGAAGCCGGAUAAAAUAGAAACAGUGAAUGCAAAGCAGGGGAUACCAAAGGAUAUGUGGGGUCUGGAUAAUGGCGAGCUGUCCAGUUCGAUGUUUGCCGGCGCCAUUUGUGCAUCCAAAACAAUAGUGUGGAAUGGUCCGCCAGGUUUGUUCGAGAACGAGCUAUUUGCCCAGGGCACCAAGUCCAUGUUGGAGGCAGUAAUUGGAGCCACCAAAAGGGGAGCCAUCACAAUUGUGGGCGGAGGAGAUACGGCCACGGCUUGCAUGCAAUUCGGAGGAGCCGACAAGGUCUCACACGUGUCCACUGGUGGAGGAGCUUCCCUAGAACUGUUGGAGGGCAAGGUCCUGCCAGGAGUGGCUGCUCUCUCAGAUGCCUGAAAAUACAGCUUUACAAUCCUUACUCUAAAUAACACAUUCCUUAUUUGGAAUAACAUAUAUAUAUAGCUACAUCAACAAUGUAUCUUUCAAUGUUCCAUUAAACUUUAAUUAUAAA